AUGGUGGAACCAGACAGCGUCUCGUCGAGGAAGCGGUCGCGCUCCUCCUCCUCCUCCUCGUCGUCCCCCGGGCCGAUGCCACCACCACCACCUCCGGUCGACGCCUCCAACGGCCACGGUGGCAACGACGACGGCGACUCUUCCGACGAAGACGUGGGGCCCAUGCCGCCCCCCGCCGACGGCGCCGCCGCCGCCGCCGCCACGUCCAACUCGCACCGGGCCAAGAAGCCAAAGACGCUGCCCUACACCUCGACCUACCUCUCGCACCUCCCCAGCGCCGACCGCUACUACAAGUCGCUGAUGCACCGCGACACCAUCAACUUCGUCACCCUCACCGCCCACACCGACUUCCUCAUCACGUCGAGCGUCGACGGCCACGUCAAGUUCUGGAAGAAGAGCAAGGACGCCGGCAUGGGCGUCGACUUUGUCAAGCACUACCGCGCCCACCUCAGCCUCAUCUCGGCCGUCUCGGCCAGCGCAGACGGCCGCAUGUACGCCAGCGCCGCCGUCGACGGCAGCGUAAAGGUGUUUGACGUCGUCAACUUUGACCUCAUCAACAUGAUCAAGCUCGACUUCACGCCGCGCGCCAUCUGCUGGGUCCACCGCAAGGGCAGGGCAGAGACGAUCCUCGCCAUCGCCGAAGAGGGGACCAACCGCAUCCACCUCUACGACGGGCGCGGAGACGGCACGCCCACGGCCACCAUCGACACCAUCCAUCGCCAGCCUUGCCACCUCCUCGCCUACAACGAAAAGCACGACUGCGUCGUUUCGGCCGACGUCGGCGGCAUGGUCGAAUACUGGACGCCCUCGGAGCCCUACUCGCUGCCCAAGGGCGUGUUCGAGUUCAAGUCGGCCACAGACCUGUUUGAUUUUAAAAAGACCAAGACGACGCCGGCCACGCUCACGUUUUCUCCCGACUUCAGCACAUUUGCCACCUUCUCGCUGGCCGACCGGCAGAUCCGGCUGUUUGACUUUGCGUCGGGCAAGCUCAGGCGCAAGUACGACGAGUCGCUGCGUGCCCUCCAGGAGAUGCAGCAGGCGGGCACCACCAUCUACAAGCUCGACGACAUGGAGUUUGGUCGCCGCCUCGCCGUCGAGCGCGACCUCGACGCCGGCGCCAAGAGCGGCGCAGAGAGCGCGGCCGACAACGCCACGGGGCUGGCCACCAGCAACGUCGUCUUUGACGAGAGCGGCCACUUUUUGUGCUACGGCACGGCCAUCGGUAUCAAGAUCGUCAAUACCGUGACCAACAAGGUCUCGCGCCUGCUCGGCAAGGACGAGACGAUGCGGUUCCUCAACGUCAGCCUGUACCAGGGCGCGCCGUCCAAGAAGGUGGUGACGAGCAUUGCCCUGGCAGCGUCCGACAACCCGCUGCUUUCAAACCAGACGCUGGUGGACCCGACGCUGUUUGCGACGGCGCACAAGCGGUCGCGCUUCUACCUCUUUACGCGGCUCGAGCCGUCCGAGGGCCAGGAGCGGGACGUGUUCAACGAGCGGCCGACGCGCGAGGAGCAGACGAUCGCGGCGGCCUCUUCCCUCACGUCUGGCAAAAAGGCGGGCGCCCUAUCGCGCACCGCGACGCUGCACACGACCAUGGGCGACAUUUCGCUGCGCCUCUUUCCGGACCAAUGUCCUCGGACCGUGGAAAACUUUGUCGGACUCAGCCGCAAGGGCUACUACGACGGCGUCAUCUUUCACCGCGUUAUCCGCAAAUUCAUGAUCCAGACGGGCGAUCCGCUGGGCGAUGGCACGGGCGGCACGUCGCUGUGGGGCGGCGAGUUUGAAGACGAGAUCCGCACAAAGGAAGGGCUCAAGCACGAUCGGCCGUACACGCUCAGCAUGGCCAAUGCCGGCAAGAACACCAACGGCAGCCAGUUUUUCAUCACUACCGUCGAGGCGCCGUGGUUGGAUGGCAAACAUACCGUCUUUGGCAGGGUAGAGGCCGGCCUGGACGUCGUCGGCCGCAUCGAGAAUGCUCGCGUGGACAAGAACGAUAAGCCCAGGGACGAGAUCAAGAUCAUCAACGUCACCCUCCACUGA